GCUGCGUGCUGCAGGCUGUACUACUGCCGGAGCAGCUCACCUUCUGCUCAACUUUAUUAUAUUCUACGCAAUGGGCACAAGUCUCGUCCUGCUCUGGGUUCUUGCUGCACUCAUCUGCAAUGAGGCUUCCAGCUUCAUGAUCCGGAACAAGCUGCUGGGGAAAUGUCUGCAGGCCCAGGUAGGACGACCCCAGGGCAGGGUGUCCACAGUGGACUGUAGUCCCACCAACCCCCUGCAAGAGUGGCACUGGCAGACUGGGAGUGCGGCCCUGGUGAACGGCCACACGGGGCAGUGUGUGACCGCCCCCGCGGAGCAAUACGAGGGAGUCCAUCUACAACCCUGCGCUGACAGGACAGAGGGGGACGGGGGGAAGAACGGACGUCGUAAACAAGCAUGGUCCUGCUCCAAAAGAGGCCACCUGACACUGCAAGGCAGGGGUGUUCACCUCAUCGCCACCAAAGACUCCGCUCUGGUAUUUCUGUCCAAGGAGCAGAAGCAGCAUGGAAACAGGUGGCUGACACUUGACAACCAGACGUUGUGCAGGGAGAUGGACGACAGCCAACGCCACUUUCAGAAUCAGGGGGAUCCAUUGCAUCUUGUGGUCUCUCCAAGUGUCAUUUCCAGUACAAAGCCUCAACCAAUUGGAGAUGUAUUGGGCUUUGAUGAUUAUCAAAAGGACCAAGUGUCUGAACCAGUCCCUUUGUUCAUAAGCACAAAAGCACCCGGGAAUCCCACCAUGGUGUUCUUCACCAUGGACUAUGGGCUGAGCUGGAAGAUAACUAUGUUGGUCCUCAGCUCUUUGGCUUUAGUGCUGGGGACUGUUAUUCUAAUCCUCAAUGUGUACUCCAACAGGAGGAGGAAGAAGGUGGUGUGUGUGCUGAAGUCCUUCUCUCCGAGGGAAGAGGUGAGCAUUCCUGGGUCUCCGGUGCAGAGUGAAAGGGCCCCACUCACCAGCCACGCCGCGUGCCUCCCGCACACCUCACCCUCUCUACGAGGAGAGAUCCUGAUUGAGUGGAAAGAUGGAACUGUUACUCCUCUUUAAGAAGGCUGAAUGGCUUGUGUAUGAUCUGCAGGGCAUCUGAGACUAAGGUAAAUGUGGACCAUAGUGUGUGUUAUGCUCACCCGCAUGUGUGUGUCUGUGUGUGUGCGUGGGAUACAUGAAAGGGUAUGGAUAAACUGCCUGCUGCCUGACAAGAUUUAUGCUCAGCAGAUGUGGUGUGCAGGUUUUCUUUCCAACAUCAACACUUGCACACAAGGUGAAUAUUUAAGAUUUAAUUGCUCCUCUUUUUACAGAAUUAACCGACUGUAUGUAAUGUAAUUAAAAGUGUGUGUAUUUUUUCAUGAAUUCCACAUUCUAUUCUACAUAAACUCUAGCUGUAUAGAUAUUUAAGUAAUCUGUAACAGAUUUUUAACAGAUUUAUUUUUGGUUGCUUGAAGAAUGUGUUUAAACUAGUGCUGUCAAGUGAUUAAAAUAUUUAAUCGCGAUUAAUUGCAUUAAUGUCAUAGUUAACUCAAGAUUUCGCAAAAACUUUUCUAUUUUAAAUAUCCCUUGAUUUCUUUCUCCCAUUAAUUUUUCUCAUUUUAUUGCUCUUAUCAACAUGGAAAAGUGCAUCGGCUUGCCUUGUGCAAUUUUUUUUUAUUGAUAACAACAUUGGCAUAUACUGAUCAAAGCAGGACGAUACAAAAAAAAAGCCUAUAGUGCAAUUGAACGAUGAACAUACAAACAUACUGCCUUGAAAAUAGAAGUCACGCUACUGCUUCUUUGUUUCGAGCCAAAAAAAAAAAUUGCGUUAAUCGCGCGAUAACAAAAUGAACGCUGUUAAAAUUGGUUUGCGUUAGCGCCGCUAACUGACGCGUUUAACUGACGGCACUAGUUUAAACUUGUUUUAAUGACUAAUGCACUUUUGUGAUACUGACUCUAUGUACUCUGACUUGCUGCACCUUAGUACAUUGAUGAUGUCAGUUCUUGCAUCAUUUCUAAACAUGUAUGCCAGAUGUUUCAUGGCAUAAUAAAAUAUACUUAUUCUAAAUAAACGUUUUAACUUUA